AUGUCGGAAUCAUCUCAACGAGUUCCAUUUCGAGAAUUUUCUACUAACGAUGUCAAUGCAUCGUUAUUAUCACAAACUCUUUUUUUUUAUGAUCCACCAAAAACGAGAUCGAGUUCUAGUUCAAAAACUAUAACGGAAUCAAUUGAAAAUAAUCAUAAUCAUUCACAAGUAUUAUCUUCUCUUAUUUCGACCCAAUCAACAUCCUCAAGUAAAAAAACAAAAAAAUUAGUAACAAUUGAUAAUGGUUCAUAUUCAUCAUCAUCAUUAGUCAACAGCACAGAUUCUGAAACAAAAUUAUCCACAUCAACAUUAACAGGAACAGCAAAAGAUAUUGAAGAUCAAAAAGAUCGAAUUAUAAAUUCUGUACAAGAUUGGUGGACACAAGCAAUUGCAACUGACUCCGAAGAUGUUGUUCAAACAUUGCCAACAUCCUCAUCAUUUAUCAUGUACGAUGGUAUACCCGACGAUUCAUUUUCAUUAUCAAAAAUGAUUGAACGAAAAGAAAUUGUUAUUAUUAAUCGUUCAAUGUCAACAAUGGAAGAAGUCUAUGCUGCAAAAGCAGCUUUACUUGUUAAACAAUAUUAUGAACGUGGAGCGAUACCGUUGAUUUCUACUCUAAUGAAACAUGGUUUAUUACAAGCGAAGGAGAACGUAUUUCGAUUAACUCAUGAUAAAAUGAUCUAUUAUGGAACAUUAAAUCAUAAUAGUCGAAUAACAACAUCAACUGGACGUUCAUAUACAACAUUUGAAGAUUUCUUUUUUGAUCAAACAAAAAUACUAAAAAAUGGAAAUAUAAAAUUAUCCUAUAUUUAUGAACAAAUUCGAUAUAAGAAUAAACCAUUACAUCGAUUAUUAAUACAAUAUGCUGAAAUGACAAUUACAAGUGUUCCUGGUAUGAAAAUGAGAAUCAUUAAUGAUAAAGAAUUAAUUCAAAAUACAGAGAAAAUGAAGGAAAUAUUUAAGACUAGAGGACAAUUUCAAAAAGAAUUUUUAGCACAAAUUAAUUGUUGGGAAAUUGGACGUCAUAUUAUCGAUUUUUAA